AACCUGCAGGGCUGCGGUGAACGGAGGUGUCUGCCUAGCUCACUGUAGUAUUCCCUGAGCAAUACCUCCAGAGAGAGAGAGAGAAGCAAAACAAUUGUUUCAACCCUUUCUCCUCCACUCCAGAAGUCAUACACCCUGGGAGGGGUUUAUGCAGGGAAGAGACACGAGGCAAUUUUAGCCUGUGGUGUUUCCGGAGGACCAACGCUCAGGAGAAUCAGCUGGGACUGUACCGGUCUCUGGCUGCAGAUGUGAUGGCUACAGUCCUCUUUACCUUUGAAGAUUUGCUGUACAAUUGGGACAGUCUCGUCUGGAACCUCACAGCACGAGCCCUACGAAACUGGCGCUUUGGGAAUCUUCGUGCCUUGCAGUUUCUACUGAGACCAUGGUGCAUCUCUCGUGGUAUCUAUCAGAUGUCCGAAGGUCGUCGGUGUCAGGUACACCUUCUGGACGACAGGAAGCUGGAACUUCUUGUUCAGCCCAAGCUCCUGGCAAAGGAGCUGCUCGACUUGGUGGCAUCGCACUUCAGCCUGAAGGAGAAGGAAUACUUUGGGAUAGCAUUUACAGAUGAAACGGCACACUUCAGCUGGCUGCAGUUAGACCGCAGAGUGUUAGAGCAUGAUUUCCCUAAAAAAUCAGGACCAGUUGUGUUGUAUUUCUGCGUGAAGUUCUACAUUGAGAGCAUAGCUUAUCUGAAGGACAAUGCCACCAUUGAACUCUUUUUCCUGAACGCAAAGUCUUGCAUCUACAAGGAGCUGAUUGAAGUCGACACUGAAGCCAUUUUCGAGUUGGCAGCGUACAUCCUCCAGGAAGCUAAAGGCGACUAUUCAAGCAAUGAAAUAACAAGAGCUGAUCUAAAGAAACUUCCAGUACUCCCAACCCAGGCACUGAAGGAGCACCCAUCUCUUGCCUACUGUGAGGAUCGAGUGAUCGAACACUACAAGAAAGUGACUGGACAAACAAGAGGACAAGCUAUCGUGAACUACAUGAGCAUCGCAGAAUCUCUUCCAACCUAUGGGGUCCACUAUUACGCAGUAAAGGACAAGCAAGGAAUUCCAUGGUGGUUGGGACUAAGUUACAAAGGGAUUUUCCAGUACGAUUAUCACGAUAAAGUGAAACCCAGAAAGAUUUUCCAAUGGAGGCAAUUGGAGAACCUGUACUUCAGAGAGAAGAAAUUUUCUGUGGAAGUUCAUGAUCCCCGCAGGGCCUCUGUAACCAGGAGAACCUUUGGUCACAGUGGAAUCGCAGUGCACACAUGGUACGCCAGCGCAGCUCUGAUUAAAUCGAUCUGGGCAAUGGCCAUUAGCCAGCACCAGUUCUAUCUGGACAGGAAGCAAAGCAAAUCAAAAAUCCACGCUGCCAGGAGCCUGAGUGAAAUCGCCAUUGACCUGACUGAAACGGGGACUCUGAAGACAUCCAAGUUGGCCAACAUGGGAAGCAAAGGGAAGAUCAUCAGUGGGAGUAGUGGCAGUCUCCUCUCCUCAGGGUCUCAGGAGUCGGACAGUUCGCAGUCUGCCAAGAAGGACAUGCUGGCGGCUUUAAAAUCCCGGCAGGAUGCUCUCGAGGAGACUCUGAGACUGCGGCUCGAGGAACUGAAGAAGUUGUGUCUGAGAGAGGCGGAGCUGACGGGGAGGUUGCCCAAGGAGUACCCUUUAGACCCGGGGGAGCAGCCCCCAGUCGUGCGGCGAAGGGUUGGCACCUCCUUUAAGCUGGACGAGCAGAAGAUCACGGCCAAGGGAGAGGAGAUGGAACUGGAGCGCCUGGAGCGGGAGUUUGCCAUUCAGUCGCAGAUCACAGAGGCAGCGAGGCGGCUUGCCAGUGACCCCAAUGUCAGCAAGAAAGUGAAGAAGCAGAGGAAGAUAUCCUACCUGAACGCCCUUAAGAAGCUGCAGGACAUUGAGAAUGCCAUCAAUGAGUACAGGAUCAAAUCAGGGAAGAAGCCGACCCAGAGGGCAUCACUAAUCAUCGAGGAGGCAAACAUUGGUUCAGAAGACAGUUCACUAUCAGAUGCUCUGGUUCUUGAGGAUGAGGACUGUCACGGCUCGAGCCUCUCGUCACCCAUCCAGUCUCCGCACAAAGCCCUCCCUCCCCGCCCACCCUCGCAUCAGAGACCCCACCCGCCGCAGUCCCUGGAUGGCUUACGUCAGCUGCACUACCAUCACAGUGAUUACGACAAGUCGCCCAUCAAACCAAAAAUGUGGAAGGAGUCAUCCUUAGAUGAGCCAUACGAGAAGGUGAAGAAACGAGCCUCACACAGCCACUCCAGCCUGCCGAGUGGACACACGCGAUUCCCCAGUGUGGGGAACAGCGCAGAGGCAGGGGCCGGAGGUUCACUACAGAGCAGUCCUGUGAGAGGUGCCCCACACUGGAACUGCACACAGUCCAGCAUGCCUUCCACGCCCGACCUACGGAUACGGAGCCCCCCCUACGUACAUUCCACACGGUCAGUUGAUAUCAGCCCCACCCACCUUCACAGUUUGGCACAGCACUUUAGACACAGGAG